AAAAUUCAUAACUUUUUAAACAUUUAACCCCUCCCCUGAGUACGGCCUUGACGUGGCAGAGGGGCUCAGUAUUCCGAGGGGUUCCGUUUUGGCUUCCCUAACGGAAUUCCAAAGACGAAGAAGCUAAGCAGUACCCGUUGUACCGUUAUUAAUAACAUUAAUGUUAACGUUAGGUAAUAUUACCGUUAUUAAUGAUGUACUAACACAGCAUAGCGACGAGUCGUUCAAUGGUUCUUAUGUGGCACAUGCGUUUCACGCAUUAAUCAUUUUUCCACCGUCGGUUUAUGAUAAGUGAAUGAACUGCCAGUUUGUCGCGUCGCGUGUUUGCUUCGGGAGUGCUAUAUAAGCGAUCGGACUAAAAGAUCCUCGUCCUGCGAGAGCUUAUAUGACAAAUAUCAUAGUUCGUGCCGAAAAUCGUACCGCCAAGGGAUGCAGGGGGCACGGAAUCUCAUUGAGGCGUAAAUCCGGCUACGUCCUCCACGUGCGCCGCGGCACUACCGGCUGUGAAUGUUCAGACGCACUCGCAACGCUUAAUGUGCUGUGUUUCGCAUAGCUUGCAAAUUGCAUUAAACGCCUAAUUGAGAACACUGUGUCUUCGACAAGUGGUUCGGUCCCAAUCGGAUUUUGGGUGACUUGUUUUCGUCGUUUUUCUUGAUCUCUUCUUUUCGACGCAGCAUUGCCACGAGUCGUGAAAUGACUUCCAAUGUGGCGCGUGCGAUUUGCUGCGCUGACACACGCAGUUUUUUAUUAACCGACUUUUUUUUCCUUUUCUUAAUAACUCCUAACGAAGCGCGAUUUAAUCUGACUUUACCAGAGCUCAGUUCGGGCGGCUUUCGCGUGGACCGUGAGGCUGCCUCCCGAUUGUCUAAAUUGUUGUGCGAGUGUUUUUCGCGAGUGUCCUGUGUCCUACGAGGAAACUUGACCGUCUAACAUCCUGAGAGAAGGAUGAGGCCUAGAAGAGGCAUCAGGCACCGGCGGAGCAACCUUGCGAAUCAGCGUAGCUACGUUGCAGAUUAACUCCGCUGUUGCGCAUCGGGUCGAAAUGGCGUCUGCGGCAGCGGAAUUGGUGGCGGAGAGAGAGCCGGAGUUGAGGAUCGAAAUAACGGACUCGAAUAGGACCUUCGUAGGUGCCCAGGGCCUGGUCAAAAUGGCCUUGGAUCAAUACACGGAGAUUCUUACGACAGUUUCUGAUCCACGUGUCAGCGACUGGCCGCUGAUGGAUUCACCUGUACCGACUAUUCUUAUCGUACUUCUUUAUUUGUACGGCGUUGUUAUAUUCGGCCCGCGUAUGAUGGCCAACAGAAAACCGUAUAAACUUAGAAGAAUCCUGGUGGCAUACAACGCGUUUCAGGUCGUCUUCUCAUUAGGGAUGCUAUACGAGCACUUAAUGUCCGGAUGGCUGUUGGAUUACAGCUAUAAAUGUCAACCGGUCGACUACUCCCACAAUCCGUCCGCUUUGAGGAUGGCAAACCUCUGUUGGUGGUACUUCAUCAGCAAAUUCACGGAAUUCGCUGACACGAUAUUCUUCGUGUUACGCAAGAAGGACAGUCAGGUGACAUUCCUGCAUUUGUAUCAUCAUUCUUUAACACCCCUCGAGACGUGGAUCUGCGUGAAAUUUAUCGCGGGCGGCCACGGCACUCUGGGCAAUCUUAUAAACAACGCGGUGCACGUGGUCAUGUAUGCGUAUUACAUGUUAGCGGCCAUGGGCCCGGAAUAUCAGAAGUACUUAUGGUGGAAGAAGCAUCUAACUACCGUGCAACUGGUGCAGUUCUUCGUGGUGUUCGUGCAUAGCGCGCAGGCCCUCAUCUUCGAUUGCGGCUAUCCGAAACUGGUGGCGGCUCUUCUUCUACUUCACUCGACGAUCUUCUUCGUGCUCUUCUCCGACUUCUACAGGUCCGCUUACCGCAGAGGAAAGUCCGCGAAGGAACUCAAGGCUGAAUAGGGCACACGAGGGACAUAUGAAAGGGAAAAUCUUCGUUCUGAACGAGAACGAACGAAACAUGUUAAGACACACACACACACACACACACACAACACACACACAAACACACACACA